CCUCACUGACAGCAAGCUGGAGAAGCCUGUAUACACACAGAGCUAGUAUAUACGCACACAGUGACACACUAUACGCAACAGUGUAUACAAACACACAAAGCAGGCAAUCUACACAGUAUUAUAUGCAGACAUUUCCCUAUGAGAGUGUAGACAAUCUAAACUUGCACAUAGACUUAUACAGAGUUAUGUAGUUGCAGUCACACCCACUUCACCUGCACUUACCAACUUGUUAACAAUAACAUAGAUUUGAUCACAGAAAAGUUUCCAUAUUAUUACUUGUGCUGCGUCUGUACAUGACCAUAUGGGGUCAGAAGAGGAAUUACUGAGAAUCGGAAGGAAGCUGGAGAAGAGGAUCAAUGAGCGGAAUCUGGAUUGUAUUCUGGACCUAUUAAAGGAACUGCAGAGAUUUCAAAUCACUGUCUCUCUCCUGCGGAGCACAAGGAUUGGAGUGACUGUUAAUAAACUGAGGAAGCAAUGCAAGGAUCGAGAGAUUGGUGAGAUUGCCAAAGUCAUAAUCAGGGACUGGAAGAGAUUAUUGGAAUCCUCAUACAAGACUAACGAUGACACCGUGGAAUCAGCUAUGUCUUCACCCACUAAAGCCGAGCCGGCAAGCAUGAAGAAAGAAGGAAAGAAGUUACAUUCAAAAAGGUCUCCCUCUGCUGCACACAAGAACCUGCAUACAGAGAAAGGAAGUGACAGUCCUGAAAUCCACUCUACAUCCCAGGACCAGCCACAUACUGCCAAGGAAUCAAAAAUUAAACGGAGCCAGUCUACUGAUUUCCAGUCUUUAUCUCAUUCUUCUAAGAAGCCAGAAAGGAGACUCUCUUUGAACGCUUCACUCCCGUCAUCAUCUGCUUCAUGCAAAAGUUCAAGUAACACCAAAGAAGACAGGAAAAACUCUAUUGGUUCCCCAAAUGUUGGAGCUCACAAUGGAUCCAGCAAAUCUUCUACAAAUACCAUAGAGGAAAGACCAAGUGGAGUGUUGGCAAGUUCCCCCACUUGUAGCAGUCCUCCUUCAUGUGCACUUUUAGCACCCUGCUAUGCAACAGGUGACUCUGUGAGAGACAAGUGUGUGGAGAUGGUGGCAGCUGCUCUGAAGACUGAUGAUGAUUACAAACAAUUUGGAACAAACUGCAAGAGAAUUGGAUGGGAAAUUGAAGAAUGCAUAUACAAUGAAAUUAAAGCCACGGAUAUGAAAUACAGAAAUAGGGUCAGGAGUCGGAUUAGUAACCUAAAGGAUCCAAAGAAUCCCAACCUGAGACGCAACGUCCUCUGUGGAGUGGUAUCACCGCAGAAGAUGGCAACAAUGACAGCUGAGGAGAUGGCAAGUGAUGAGCUGAAGGAACUUAGGAACACUCUAACACAGGAGGCCAUAAGGGAACAUCAGAUGGCAAAGACAGGAGGAACUCAGACAGACUUACUGCAGUGUGAUAAGUGCAGGAAAAAGAACUGCAGCUACAACCAGGUACAGACGCGCAGUGCAGAUGAGCCAAUGACAACUUUUGUGUUGUGUAAUGAGUGUGGGCAUCGCUGGAAAUUCUGUUGAUCUGUGACCUGCUAUAAAAUGUUCCACCGUGAUUCGGCAAUGCCCCAGAAUUAAAGUUGUUUUCUCAUAUUUGUGCUUUACUAACCCCAUCCCGAAGCCUAUAUAUCUCCAUUUUAAAAAUCAACAGGUCCACUCCUUACAUUUUGUAUAUCCUAGAGAGACCCGAGUUACAUAAUGUUUGUACUGUAGAUUAAUAUCCUGGGUAGAUGCUUCAUUUCAAAACUUCAGAACUUUAUUUUUAGGGAAGGGUUUUUCAUUGACAUUUUAGUUGGUGUCCCUGUUUCUAUUAAAGUGCUGGAUGUCUGUAGGCCUAAUUCAGAAAUGAAUGCAGUUCACAAAGCAGCUGCGGUAAUAUGCUAAUGCAGCAGAAGCCUCCUGAUGGCUGUUCUGAUCUGCUGCUGUAGCCGAAGAUGCAGCACAGGAUCAUCUGCGUAAACAUUGGUUAUUUGAGUAACUCACUACACCCCCUUGUAUUCUGCAAGCUGCCUGUCGUCGCCCCCAAAUGCCAGCAUGCUGUGACGUUUGGGACACUGAGAGCGACAUUGUAGCCAGGGACCUGCACAUACGCAUGCGCAGAUCCAAAAACAUUGCAGAUGUACGUUAAUAUUGGAUUUACGGUCAUCUCUGAUUUAGGCCCUGUAUUUCUGAAAACAAAAAGGUCAAGCGGCACCUAGUAAAGGUAUCUAGAUCUGCAGCUAAUAAGAUAUAUACAGUAUAUCUGUAUUUAUUUCCUACAGAGUAACUAAAUGUUACAAAUUCCUUUACAGCAUGUAAGAUGCAUAUAUAUGGUAAAACCAGAUAUUAAAUAGGGUGUUUUUUUUUUUCAAUAAUGAUGUUUUUUAUUAAUUUCCAAAUAUAGAGGAAAAAACAAAUAACAAAUAAAUGUACACGAACAUACGUCAUAUAGAAAGUGCUACAUUGAGCUAAUACAUAGAGCCUGAUCAUAAACAGCAAAUCUAAAUUCAGAGGCUCAGUUCACUAAUAGUGUACAUAGUUUCUUUUAACUAUCAAUCAUAACUAUAACCGUAAAAGUAAUAUGAUAGAGAGCUCAGUAGAGAAGAAAAGUGAGAAAGACAUAACAAGACAGUGACACACGGGGGAGAGAAAUAAAAAAAAAAAGAAGAAAAACCCUAUGUGCAGGGGAAUACCUUACUCAGAAAUUGUAACAUAAAGGUAAAUAGGGUGUUUUUACCCUAUACCUAACUGCAUUGUAUAGUAUCUCCAUCCUCACAUUUAGAUCUGGAUGUAUGUGCGCUUUAUUUCUGUAGAUAUAAUAAUCACAAUCAACCGCUUGAGAUAUUUGAUAAUAACAUUGUUACAGCCAUUGAAUUAUUGUUUUGGGAUUUUUUUGUUUUUUUAUUACAUUAUCUGGCACUUGAGAAAUGUGUAAGGAGCUAAAUAAGGGCUCAGAGGAGAGACAUCGGAAGAGAUCAAACCCGGUCAUGGGUGAAACGCGUAUUCCACUUCAACUGAUCCACCAGACUCACUCUUGGGACAUAGCGGCUCCAGCUGACCCGGCGCUCCUUACUACCUACCACCUAGGUUCUGGUAAUAUAUCACGCACUAAUCAAAACCCUGGUUGUGAGACUCUGCAACUCCUGGGCAGCAUAACAUAUAUGCGUGAUACUUUGAAUAGGAUUUAUUGGUAUUGAAGGCUGCUCAGCACUGUCUGUUUUAACUAGACCCUAUCUCCGUUCCUAUUCAUUGUAUUCAAGUGAUCAUUACAUGUGGAUUCACGAUUAGUGAACCGAGGAACAAUGAUUUCUCUGAUUGAUUGUGGUUAUUAAGAUUGGCAACUACUCAGAGAAUAUACUUGUUCACAUAUUUGAUUGAUUUCUUUCAAAAACUACAUUCAUAACUUGCCAAACUUAGCCCUUUUCCUAUGUAUGUAUAUAUGGACUCUCACCGACAAUUCAGAGGAUGUGAGGACAGGUACCGGUCAUUUGCUGCGCAUCAUAGUUCCUCUGCCUAACGCCGGCAGCAGAUCCUCCUUUUUGUGCUGUUCUUUUUCUUGAACCAACUCUCCAUUUAACAUCACUUAUUAGGUAGACUCUCAUUAGUGAUCCCUGAGUUGUAUUUUAUUGGUCUACUAUCAUACCAUGCUGUUUAUGCCCAAUACCGUCCGAUCUUGAAUGCUAAGCAGUGUUGGGCUUGGUCAGUACUUGAAUGGUAGACCUCCUGGGAAUACCAAGUUUAGAAGUACUAGACUAUCUUACUCUGUGCCGAACGCUGACAGCAGAAUCACCACUUUUCUGUCUUUUCAUUUACUUUUACUUAAUAUUGUCAUAUCAAUCAGACUAUUACCAGGUGGACAUUCUGUCAGUUCCUUCAAUGAGCGCAGCUUUUUAGGAGUUUGGUGUGUUAGGGUCAUUUGUGAGCCCAUAUCUCUAUGAUUAUUGUCAUUAUUCCAAAAAAUACCCAAGAGUCUCUGAGAAUUUACCUAUUAUUUGGUCCACAUUUGAAUUAUUGUGAGUUCUUUAAAAUAAGUAUUUUGCAGGUCCAAGGGACUACGACAGAUGAAUCGCAUCUACUUAAGGUGGUCGUAUGCUCCCUAUCUUACAUGCAUUUUAACGUUUAACAUUAGUUUUUAUUUGUUUUGAAUACACCCGGCUAUAUCUUUUCUUUUUAAUGAAUAUUUAAUAAAAAUGUUCCACUAAUCUU